GGAGCAAACAAGUAUCACAGCCUCACCUGGGAGCCUGGUGAAGACAUCAGAGGCAGUGCACUCAUAACUGUUACCUGAGGACAAACUACAAACACAAGGUCUUCCUUCCAAGGAAUAAUUACUACUUUCUCUCUCUUGCACGAAAGACAAGAUCUACAGUCUACUAUAGGCAUGGACAACAGACUACUCUUCACUGUCCUGGUUGUGAUGAUGUCCUUGAACUUUAUGGGCACCUAUGCUCAAACAUCCCCACCCCUACCCCCACCCCCACCCCCACCCCCACCCGCACCAUCCACCACAACUGCAGCAGCCACCACAACUGCAGCAGCCACCACAACUGCACCAACCACCACAACUGCACCAACCACCACAACUGCACCAACGACCACAACUGCACCAACCACCACAACUGCAGCCACCACGACACCAACCACCACAACUGCACCAACCACCACACCAACACCAACCACCACAACUGCGGCAAUCACAACUGGAACACCAAACAUUACAAUCACCACUCCAGCAACAACUGGUCCCACAACCACUGAUCACGCAAUCACAAUCCAGCAAUCAGUAAUGCAAGCUCUACUGAUCACUGUGGCUACCCUGGGUCUAAGUAUGAUAUGAGGAAAAUAAAACCUUCAACCAUCAAAAGAACUUCCCCAUCCAUGCAUCUGUGCUAUUGAAUGUAAACCUUUAAAGGUCUUUCUGGAGUUUAACUUUACAUAGUGUAACCCUGAUUGAUAGGAUUAUUUUUGUAAUAACUCAACACAGGUUAAAGCAAGAGGACUGGUAAAACUGGUAACUCUUACAACUUUUUGAGACUUUAGCAACUCUGAUUUAAAAAAAAAAAAAAAAAAAACUGUUAAGAGUUUUAUGAGUUAUGUAACUAUAUUUAAACACAAUACUGCUGGGUUUUUGCCCUAUGCCUCAGAUGCAAUGUAUUCAUUAAAAUGUCUAAAACAGGGCACAAAUAAAAAGUAGAAUUAUAAUAGAAGCAUUAAGACUAAUCAAAAGAAAAAUUUAGAUCAUGUCAACGAAUCAUGGCUGUCAUCAGCAAAUGUCUUGGGUUCUAUAAAUUUUAGGUUUAGGGUCUAGUUACCUCUUAAACCCACAUUAUUACUGUCAAAAACACUACAGCCAUGGAACUGUUAAACUGUCAUGGAAGGAAAACAUUUUCCGACACAAUAAUGUCCAAAGUUAUAAUCAAUAACAUACUGAACCAAUGACAAACUUUUGUUAACAAAAAAAUUCUUUUGCAUAUGCACAGAACAGACAGGUUUGUUCAUAUCACUAUUUGCAUUUACGCAUAAUAGUUUUGUGGUACACUAAAAGCAAGCAAAGACUGUGUUUUUUCUGCUCUGUUAUUACUCACAAUGAUGCUAGCUAAUGGCAGAUGUGUUUUUACAUCAUGUUCUUGUUACUGUUAAUGUACACAGACAGUUGAUUCUUCAACAAUGCUUUCACAAUGAAGCCUCACUGGCUGACACCGAACAUUGAAGAAAUUAAUUUUGCAUACUGACUUAUGUAACAAUGAAGUUUAUAUUGUAUGUUUACGAUUUUAGCCCUGUUAAUAAAGUGAUAUUGUUGGCAGACAGAAAAUGCCA